AUAUAUAUAUAUAUGUGCUAAUCUCUCUCUAUGGGAAGAGGGCUCAUGUUGAGACCAUCUGUCAAUUGCCAGCCAUGGACUGGUUCUCCUGGCUAUCGAAGACCGGGCUGGAGCCGUCGCUAGUGUACGAGUACGGCCUCGCUUUCUCCCAGAACGAGCUCGAAGAAGACGACAUCGCCUACUUCAACCACGAGUUUCUCCAGAGCAUGGGCAUCGCCAUCGCCAAGCACCGACUCGAGAUCCUCAAGCUGGCCAGGAAGGAAUCUAGAACCCACCCCAUCUCCAGCCUCCUGCUCGCCAUCAAGCGCACGAAGCGCUUUGUCUCCAGCCGCAUCCGGAGCCUGAUCCGCCGUGAGGACUCCCCGGCGACGGCUAUCGUGCUGGUGCCGCCGCGGCGGGCCUGCAGCUCGAGAAGGAAGGACGCGAUGGCGAAGAGGAACAAGCGGCUGCUGAUAUCGAAGCCAAGCCGCCUCCUGCUCACCAACGGCGGCAGCCCCAGAGUGAACAGCUUUUCAAGUCCGGCGGUUGUCGUCGACGACGACGACGACGGCUGCCGGAAGCCGGAGCGGAACGACGACUCGUACUGGGUGGACGAGAUCCGGUGGGACGCCAUGUUUCAGGAUUUGAAGCCGACAUGAAAAAGUAAAAACCCUAACCCUAGCGCUUCCUUCAAAAAUCAGUUAUAUAUAUAUACAAUAGAUCUGGUUCUGGCUUGCUAAUUAACAUCGAAUCGAUGGUGUGAGAUGGUGUUUUUGCGGUUCUUCUUCCACCAGAGAGCAGUAGAUUUGGAUUGGAUUUCUGAAUUAUGUCAUCUUUUGAAUAUUUCUUUGGCGGUGGGGGCAUGGAGAUUGGUGAAUUCCAGCUGCCUUAUCACCAUUUUUGGCUCUCUGUGUUUUCUGUAUGUCUAUAUAUAUAUAUAUAUUUGACUUUUUGUCUUUUUGGUAGAGAACAUAGCAAUUAAUCCAGUGAGUUCUGUGAUUUGUCCCACCCAGUAGUGGCAAAUAAAGAGAUAUAUUACACUGUUUUUCUGUUCACUUGUGAGUUUUUCUU